GCGCGGCCGUGCGCGCACCGUGGCAGAUAAUCACGGCCACGGUGCGGGGAACACGCCUCUCUUUUCCACUCCCGGAUGCUGCUUUUUUAGACCUUUCUGUACGAGUUGAAGAUGACGGGAGUUUUCGACACGCUGAGCGCCGACAUGCACUCCAGCCAGAUGACGUCCAGCAGCUACCACGGCCUGCACAAGUCGCAGGAGUCGCCCACGCUCCCGGUGUCCACGGCCACGGACAGCAGCUACUACAACAGCCCGCAGCCCGGACACGGACACGCAUGCGCGCCCUCGCCCUUCGGCCCGCUGGCCUCCUUCCAGUACGGCGGCGCCCUGAACUACCAGCCCAGGUCUUACGACGUGCAGCCCGCCUUUGACGCGCCCUACGCGGGCUACGGCUCCUACGGACCCCCCUCCACCUCGCCCGCCCCCACCGACACAGAGAAAGAAGAGAGCGAGCCAGAAAUCCGGAUGGUGAACGGCAAACCAAAGAAAGUCCGAAAACCUCGAACUAUUUACUCCAGCUUCCAACUGGCGGCGCUGCAGAGAAGGUUCCAGAAGACGCAGUACUUGGCGCUGCCGGAGCGCGCCGAGCUGGCGGCCUCGCUGGGUCUGACGCAGACGCAGGUGAAGAUCUGGUUCCAGAACCGGCGCUCCAAGUUCAAGAAGCUGUGGAAGAACGGAGAAAUCCCGGCGGAUCAACACGUGCCCGCCAGCGAGUCCCCGCCGUGCGCGUCCCCGCCCAGCGCCUGGGACUUUCCACAGACUGCGGGCAUGAGCACGAUGACCCCCGGCACCGACAGCCCCCCCAUCCUCGGCGCGCCUUCUUCCUCCUCCUCCUCCUCCCCAUCCUCAUCAUCCUCAUCCUCCUUUCUGGCCAACUACUCCUGGUACUCCAACACGAACUCCCAGCACCUGCAGCCGCUGCUCCACCAACACCAACAACACCACCACCACCACAACAACAACAACAACGCCCUCAUCAGCGCAGGCACGAUAUUCUGAAGUCCAACUCCUCAUUUUUGUUGUUGUUGUCGCGCCCUUCUUUUUACGAGCGGAAGCCAAAACAUGGACCUGGCGCACAUAUAUAGAUCCACAGUCUCAACACUUAUUUUUCUAUUUAUUUAUUUUGUUUAUGUCCAGGAAAAAAAUGAACGAAUGAACUACUUUUAAUAUAGUUAUAAUAAGUAUAAUAAUAAUUAUUAUUAUUAUUGUUAUUAUUAUUAUUACAGCCGGUCUUGACUUUUUCCCUGCAAAAAAAAAAAAAAAGGCCAUCCUUGCCCGUCAUGAUGUAACUGAAGUCAACGUACGGUGCCUUUUUCUACAUGACCUCAUCAUUUUUGUAAUUGUGUGAUGAAUAUUCAAAGAGACCAUACAUUUUUACGAGAGGAAGCCAAAACACACAAAAAAUCUACAGUCCCAACACUUAAUUUUGUAUUUAUUUUGUUUAUGUCCAGGAACAAAUUAAUGAACCACUUUUAUUAUAGUAAUUAUUAUUAUAAUAGUAAUGAUGAUGAUAAUAAUAAUUGAUAAUUAUUAUAAUUAUUACUAAAGCCAGACUUGACUUUUAUCCCAGGAAAAAAAAACAAAAAAACAUCCUUGCCCGUCAUGAUGUAGCUCAAGUCAACGUCCGGUGCCUUUUUCUACAUGACCUCAUCAUUUUUGUAAUUGUGUGAUGAAUAUUCAAACAGACGUUUCCUCCAUCUCAAUACAUUUUUACGCGGAAGCCAAAACACAAAAAAAAUCCACAGUCUCCACAUUUAAUUUUGUAUUUAUUUAUUUUGUUUAUGUCCAGGAACAAAUGAAUGAACCACUUUUAUAAUAAUAAUUAUUAUUAUAAUAGUAAUGAUGAUAAUAAUAAUAAUAAUUGAUAAUAAUUAUUAUAAUUAUUAUUAAAGCCGGACUUGACUUUUUCCCCUGCAAAAAAAAAUGACCAUCCUUGCCCGUCAUGAUGUAGCUCAAGUCAACGUACGGUGCCUUUUUCUAUAUGACCUCAUCAUUUUUGUAAUUGUGUGAUGAAUAUUCAAAGAGACCAUACAUUUUUACGAGAGGAAACCAAAACACACAAAAAAUCCACAGUCCCAACACUUAAUUUUAUAUUUAUUUUGUUUAUGUCCAGGAACAAAUUAAUGAACCACUUUUAUUAUAGUAAUUAUUAUAAUAAUAGUAAUGAUGAUGAUAAUAAUUGAUAAUUAUUACUAAAGCCGGACUUGACUUUUUUCCCUGCAAAAAAAAAAAAAAAAAAAACCAUCCUUGCCCGUCAUGAUGUAGCUCAAGUCAACGUCCGGUGCCUUUUUCUACAUGACCUCAUCAUUUUUGUAACUGUGUGAUGAAUAUUCAAACAGACGUUUCCUCCAUCUCAAUACAUUUUUACGAGAGGAAGCCAAAACACAAAAAAAAUCCACAGUCUCCACAUUUAAUUUUGUAUUUAUUUACUUUGUUUAUGUCCAGGAACAAAUGAAUGAACCACUUUUAUAAUAAUAAUAAUUAUUAUUAUAAUAGUAAUGAUGAUAAUAAUAAUAUUAAUUGAUAAUAAUUAUUAUAAUUAUUAUUAAAGCCGGACUUGACUUUUUCCCCUGCAAAAAAAAAUGACCAUCCUUGCCCGUCAUGAUGUAGCUCAAGUCAACGUACGGUGCCUUUUUCUACAUGACCUCAUCAUUUUUGUAAUUGUGUGAUGAAUAUUCAAAGAGACCAUACAUUUUUACGAGAGGAAACCAAAACACACAAAAAAUCCACAGUCCCAACACUUAAUUUUAUAUUUAUUUAGUUUAUGUCCAGGAACAAAUUAAUGAACCACUUUUAUUAUAGUAAUUAUUAUAAUAAUAGUAAUGAUGAUGAUAAUAAUUGAUAAUUAUUACUAAAGCCGGACUUGACUUUUUUCCCUGCAAAAAAAAACAAAAACAAAAAAAAAAAACAUCCUUGCCCGUCAUGAUGUAGCUCAAGUCAACGUACGGUGCCUUUUUCUACAUGACCUCAUCAUUUUUGUAAUUGUGUGAUGAAUAUUCAAACAGACGUUUCCUCCAUCUCAAUACAUUUUUACGAGCGGAAGCCAAAACACAAAAAAAAUCCACAGUCUCCACAUUUAAUUUUGUAUUUAUUUAUUUUGUUUAUGUCCAGGAACAAAUGAAUGAACCACUUUUAUAAUAAUAAUAAUUAUUAUAAUAGUAAUGAUGAUAAUAAUAAUAAUUGAUAAUUAUUAUUUUAAUUAUUAUUAAAGCCGGACUUAACUUUUUUUCCCUGCUAAAAAAAAAAGCCCAUCCUUGGCCGUCAUGAUGUAGCUCAAGUCAACGUACGGUGCCUUUUUCUACAUGACCUCAUCAUUUUUGUAAUUGUGUGAUGGAUAAUCAAACAGACGUUUUCUCCAUCUCAAUACAUUUUUACGAGUGGAAGCCAAAACAUGGACCUGGUGCACAUAUGUAGAUCCACAGUCUCAACACUUAUUUUUGUAUUUAUUUAUUUUUGUUCAUUUCCAGGAACAAAUGAACGAACGAACGAACCACUUUUAUUAUAGUAAUAAUAUUGAUAAUAAUAAUUAUUAUUAUCUUUUUUCCCUGCAAAAAAAAUCCUCCCCGUCAUGACGUCAAGUCAACGUAUGGUGCCUUUUUUCUACAUGACGUCAUCAUUUUGUUAUUGUGUGAAGAAUAUUCAACAGACGUUUCCUCCAUCUGCAUCAAUUCUGCACGUCUGUAAAUAUGAUUAUUUUAUAAAUGCAUGUUUUUUAAAGCUAUUGGUUGCAAAAACAAAUCAUUUACCAAAGCUACUGAUUGUUCUGCAUCUGAUUUUUUUUGUACCAUGUGUUUGUGUUCUAUUUAUUUUUUUUACCUGUGCUCGAUAUGAUUAUUUAAAUAAAAAAAAAUGUUCCUCUGAA